CGACGACCACGAGCUAAAAACGAUCAGUAAAUUCCUCCAGGAAUGCAAAAUACACAUUUAAGCCAACACAACGUUAAAAAACAAACGUAAAAUCGAAAACACCGAGAAGGGCGAGAUAGAUCUCCAUAGGUCCCAGCCCUGUCAAAACUGACAAAGCAACAAAAAAAAAAACGUGGGAGUUUACUCUUUAAAAUGAAUCCCGUACAUAGUUUCUCUUUCCCUGAAAUCCCUAAAGAAUUGAGUAAAAUUCUCUUCAAAAAUGAUAAACAAAGAAUUAUUGUCGGCGUCAUUGGAAAAUCAUCUACUCCAGACUGCAACAAACUUGUUGGUUUUGAUUUGUUGACCGUUCAUCCUGCCCUAACAGACUCGGGAUGUUGCGAGGGUCGAAUUAAAUUUUACUUCGAGAACAAAAGCAACGUAUUGUUCCUGCAUUUCGAAACAACAUUCGAUCAGUAUGUAAUGGGAGAUCUGUUGGCUAGAGCGGCCGAAUCCGGAAUCGACGAUAACUUUGUAAAUUUCAAUAGCCGUAUGCGGACACGAUUCGCCCGUAUGCUACUGUUUGCGAUUCAGGUGUGCCACAUGAUUGUUCUAGUUGAACCAACGUCUGUAUUCGACACAAGUUAUUUAUCGAUCUUCAAAUCGCUGAAAAUCAUUCGUGAGAAAUACGUACUGAAAUUUCUACCAAAGUUAUUGAAAAACUCCAGCGUGGGAAAUUACAUGGGAAAGGAAGCUCGAUUGUGUAGUCCACGUUUUAUAUUCUUUUUCGAAGGAACAAACGAUAUAAAGCCGGAAGAUGUCGACAAGUUGGACGCUUUGGAGUGCUCUGUUGAGGACGAUAUUUACAAAAUGCUCAGAAAUGAAUUUAUCAUCACAAACAAUAGUGCGAUGUCACUGUUUUCAAUACCAAGAACUAAGAAAUUUGUGUUUUUCAACAGUGACAGUAGAGCCAAAUCUGAUCCACUGAUUGAAUCAAUAGAUUUGCUGAUGCAGUAUUUGGAUAAACCAUCUGGGCAAAAUGAAGCUGAUGACGAAGAUCUGAUGUGUAGUCUGAGGCCAUACGAUGGUUAUGGGGUGUCCGCGUGGAGCGUUGGGUUGAGUAAAAAUGAUAAACCAAAGAGAAGCAUAUUGGCACUCCUGAAGGAACACGUUUCCGAGGCAUUUGAACAGGGUUUUGAUGACAGCAUGUCGAAGUACAGGGGCAGAAGUCACUUUGUGAUCCCAGGCAUCAAAACUUGGUUCGAAGGUUUUAAGUUGCUUCACAAAAUUUUUAUCGAAAAUUUUGAUAAUAGUAGCUAUGAAGCAGAUGAUCUUGACUAUAAAGCUUUUUUGGAAAAUUUCCACAAAAUCAUCGACAUUGAUGAACGUUUUUUUGCCGAAAUUUGUGAGCACGGUUUAGAGCUAGCCAUGGUCAAUUACAAAGAAAUGUUACCCCAUCAUUAUAGCAGUAACUUUCAUGAGAAAAAACACCAGCAGGCACAUGAACUGUUCAUACGAUAUGCGCGAGGGCCUGAAGUGGAGAGGCAUGAAAUUAAGCUGAGGGAUUAUUGCGAUUCUAUUUGGCUUAACGGAAAACAACAGUGCGAGUAUCCUAGCUUACGGGGAAACCCGUGCGCAUUAGGAAAACACAAAGCAAACGAUCCAACGGAACACUCCAGUGGAAUGGUAUUUGUGUCUGCCUGUAAUUGUGGUCGCACUCAAGGUCAUCGCGAGGAUCCGUACACGAUUAGACAGGCAAAUUAUGAAUUCUACCAGAUUAUCGCCAAAAGUUGUAGCAACUGUAAUAUUCUGGAAAGGAUCAAAUUCCCCAUAUUUGAGCCAUCCAGUAGUGAUUUUAGAGCGGCGGAAUUCAUCAACAAGAAUUUGUCGAAUCUCAUGUCAUUCGAGAAUUCCAACAAAACACCCGACACGAGCACGCACCCACCACUAACGAAUGAUCAAUCGCCCCAUCUUUCGGGUAGUCAGAAAAGUCAAGACGGGGCUUCAAAUCUCACUUUCAGUAUGGACGAUAAAGACGAGGAAGGGAAUCGUCCAAAGACAUACGCGAGCGAAAAUGAACGCGAAGAGAACUUAGAUCACGAAUCAAUUAACGAGAUUGUUAUCAAAGUAGGAGAGCACGCAGCAGAAAAGGAAAAGGAAAAGAUCGUUCUCAGACAGCCUUCUACGACGGAGUACCUUCCUGGGAUGCUUCAUGCAGCCAGUCCUGCCGGAUUGCUUCCACAAUUUCCCUCGUGGUCGUUGCUCUGCCUGGGACCGAGCUCGAUAUAUACUCACAAUAGCGGCAUCCCAGAGCAUGUCCAGAGUGGUUUUUUAUCCGGGGCUAAUUUUUUGCUACCCUGGGAUGUUAGUGUUCGCUUGGAACAUGCCCAAUCAUGGGCAGCAUCAUACGAGAAAAUACGAAAUCGAAAGAAAAACACUGCUCAAGCUAAAUCAAUUGAGACAAGUAAUAAUUUCACUUUGAAGAUAUUCAUCGGUAUUGAAUACGAAUGUCUCCGAGGACAUCGUUUCAUUAUGAGCGGUCCAGAUAGUGUACUGCGUGGUGGUUCAGGUAUUGUGCGGGACAGCGGCAGCAAAGUUGUUUUCAACGAUAUGCCUAUCUAUUUUCCCUGCCCGUGCCGCAGUUCAAACGUCGCUCAAUUAAUGCGUGUCCACAUCGUUACACCGAAGGCACCGGUGAAUGUGAUUUUAGAACCGAAAGUGAAAAUGUUCCAAAAUCAUUCUCAAAAUAGUCUCACAUUUACCACUGGUCUGCCGGAACCGAUCAAACUAAGCCAAAGUGCAUACUGGAUAUUGCGAUUGCCUUUCAUCUACGAGGGUGAAAAUGGACCGUUGCUGCCGCCGGUUGAGGUCAGUCCGGCGGGUGCUGCCAUGCACGGUGUGUUAUUAGCAGGGAUGUAUGGAAUUCGUGAGAGUGAAAUCAGCGAAGAUCUGGCGUAAGAGAUGUAGCUUUUCAGGUGACACAGUGUCGAAUAAAACUUCACGAGCUCUCAUUCAAACUUAUGGAGUAAUCUAAUUAUUUACAUAACAUCGGUGUAACAUAUUGUGAUAACUUAAACCGUAUGAUUUGGUUAAUAGGCUUAUAACAAGCAACUAAUUAUCGAUUGAGUAUGCUUCGUUACAAUUCGAAUGGAUAGAUGAACACUAUUAAAUGAUAAAAACUUA